GAAAACAUCAACAAGGAAGUACCUGCGUCUUUUCAAAACUGAUAAGUUAUUAAAGCACUCUGCAGCUUUUAGGCUCCCUUCGAAACUUAUUUUAGAAGUAGGGUCAAGCGGGAGGGGAAAAGACGACUCACUGCGACUUCUCAUUAAUGUUUAUUGUGUUGUGGAUGUACAUGCGUCUGCAGUGAGUGUACCUACACGGUGUGAGGCACUUCCAUGCUGGAAAACUACAACACGUGGGUUCCGUGCGUGUUUACUGAUUACACAGCCAUUGGCUUUAACGAGGAAUUCAGAGCAUGGACUACCUGCCGGAUGACAACUCCAGGUACAAAGACGUCGACUACUGGGAUGAUAGAUACAAGACGGAGCAGAGUUAUGAUUGGUUGGGCAGAUUCUCCAAAUUCCAGCACCUUCUGGAAAAGCACGUCAACAAAGAAGACUCUAUUCUGAUACUUGGUUGUGGAAACAGCAGUAUGAGCGGUGACAUGUACAGCGCCGGCUACCACUCCAUCACCAACAUAGACUACUCCUCCGUGUGCAUCAGUACAAUGAGUGCCAGGUACAGCGAUUGCCCGCCUAUGACCUGGCAUGAGAUGGACGUGCGGCAGCUCUCCUUCCCCAAUGCGUCCUUCGAUGUCGUCCUAGAGAAGGCCACGCUGGACGCCAUCAUGGUGGAAGAGAAGACACCUUGGGAAGUGUCCCCUCACACUGCCGGUUUCAUUCACCAAGCACUCUCAGAGAUCAGUCGCUGCCUGAAGCCUGGAGGACGGUUUGUCUCCGUAACCUUCGCCCAACCCUUCUUCAGGAAACGCCUCUACGCUCGCACGGAGUACAACUGGUCCAUUAGGAAGUACAGCUAUGGAGAAGGCUUUCAGUAUUUUGUGUAUGUGAUGACCAAAGGAGAGGAGCUUAGCCCAGAAGAUGCAGCUGUGGAGAAAAAGCUACUGGAGGACACCAAAUCCACCCCUACCAGAGUUGCCACAACACAAGAUGAAGAUGAGGAAGACUUCCUGUCUAAUAUCGAUUUCAAUUAAUAUUUAACUAGAUUAUCUAAAAGAAAAAAACACACCCUGAGAUUUAAAAGUAAGCUCUAUGCUGCAAUAAGGACUUCAGAAACUUCUCCACCCUCGCGAAUACAACAGAAAAGUCUUCUGUUACUCAAAUUGUCUACAUCACCGUUUUAAUGGGAUUUGGUAAGAAUUGGCUACUAUAUACUAUAUAGUAGUAGUUAUGUUCUGGGCAUAGACGCUCAUUUGGGCUACGUUUACAUUGCCGCGUUAUGGUUUCAAUAUGAAUA